ACAGUACACCCCUGCGCGCCUGACGUCACAGAUGGGGGGGUCCACACACCGGGAUCUGCCCUCACGUGCGCGGUGUCUUACAUCACCCACGCGCUGCAGUGCUCGAGCUUGAUCGGUGUAACAGCUGAACUACUAAUCACGUGACCAGCCCACGCUUCGGGAGCUGCUCGAUUUCCGUUGGUGCGAAGUGAUGUCAAUCACUGUUUACACACAAUAGAGGAGCCGGAGCAGCGGAGAGGGCGUUCCCCUCGCUGAUUCCGUCUGCCACACCGGCCCUGAGCUGUCUAUCUGAGAUAAAUAAACCUCAAAGUAAAUGUUCCGCUUUUUGAUUUACUUCCAUUUCUCUCCGAGGGAGGUUGGGGCGUUUGUGAAACGACUCCUGUCCCCGGAGUCUGAUGUAUCGCUGAGAGGUAGGAGGAGAAAACUCGGCCCGUCAGUUUGAUGCCGGUUUCCCGGGGUGGGGGGGGGGGGGGGCGGGUAUUUUAUUGAAAGGAUAAAGAUGCUGUGAGAGGGGGCGGACAGGAUGUUUGUCCCGUUGGGGACAGGAGGGGCUCAUCUGUGUGAAAUAUCUGAGCCCACCGUGAUGGCGAGCAGAGUGAUUCACCACAUUGGGGGCAAACACAGACAGACUUUUGACUGCAAGUGGGGCCAAUGGUCUGGGUAAAGUCACAAUUAUUUGGAAUUUGUUGAAGUUGUACCUGGUAUAUGGUGUAAAAUCCAGCUCCCCAUACUAACACGGGUUAUAUAGACUAUAGAACAAUCUGCCAUAGGAGUUCAUUGGGUCGGGAAGCAUCUGUGGUGGGAAAUAGGCCGCCAACAUUUCCGGCCAAGACCCUCCCUCUGGACUGAGAGUGGACGGGAAAUAGUCAGAGAAAAGAGGUGAUGUGUGGAAAUGAGCCAAGAACUGGGGAGUGAGAGGUGAAUCAAGGUCAGGGGGAGGUGGGAAGGUGGAAAUAGUGACGGGGUGGGAGAUGAGUGAUUGGGACAACACGGGGUUGCAGAAGAUGGAAAUGAACACAGAGGAUUAACAAAGUGGUUAGAGAGUAUUUGUUAUGGAGAGUGCGAUGAAGAUUCACCAGACUGAUCCCUGGAGUGGUCGUGUCAUCAGAUGAGGAAAGAUCAAAUGUGAUAUCACUUUCAUUUAGAGAAUCGAAGUCUGAGGAGUGAACACAUUGAAAUGCAGAACAUCAUUACCAGUUGAACCAGGGAUCCCAGUCUCUGAAAAAGGGGAUGGACUGUCCGGGACUAUUAGGGGAAAUGUCUCCAUUCAGAGGGCGGUGAAUGUCUGUAAAUCCCCACCAUAGAGGGCGGUGAAGAUUCAGUGAUCAUCCUCACAUAAAACAGAGGCCGGCAUUAUGUGGAGACUGAAGGGAUAGAGGAAAUAAGGAUCGGGCAGAAGCAUGUGGCUGAGAUGGGAGGGUAGCCGCCAUAUUGCUGGUGGUUAGAGUGGCUAAGUGGCCACAUCCUGCUGUUUCUUACUUGAUGUUUCAGUGUUCCUGUCCAGUGAGCCCGGAGGGAUGUGAAUAGAAAUUGGUGUUUAUAAACAUGGACUAAUUAAAAUGAAACCAGCACUUCUCCUGUGUGGGUCUGAAUUGUGUGUCUGCUCGGAAUGGGAAUCGAAACUCUAACUCUGAGAACUCUGUGACCUGGCGGUGGAGGGAAAGGGAUCGGGGAAGAUAUGGAGGGAAAAAGAAACUAAAUACGUAUCUGGUGGACACAGGGAAAUAAUGAAAUGAUGUAGAAAAUGCGGCGGUGGGUCGGGCAGCGUGUGAGGGGCGAGGAGCGGAGUCUCCGUGUCACGUGGGAGACCCUCACGUAAACCCGUUUCACAGAGUAUCUGCAGCACCUGCGGGUUUUUCCGAGGCCCCGCCCACCGCCCAACGACGCGUUAUUCACAUCGCGCAUGCGCAGUCCGGGAUUCCGGGAUGGGCCUUGUUGUUUUUCGUCCUUCGUGGAAACAGGUUGGCAGUUCGAUCGCGAUCGGGAGGGGUUCUUCCCCCACCCCGGAGGUUGGGGAGCCAGGAACGGAUGAUUCUCAGUGGGGCAACACCAACAAUUUCCCUUCUCAUCACCAGCUGGUAGCGCUUUCCUGCACUGGAACCAAAGUGUAAACAAGUCGACAGUAAUUAGCAAUCUUCAGUCAGAAUCAGUAUGGCUACAGGUGGGAAAUGGUUCUGGAGAGCAGUGAAGAGAUCCUUCCCAGGCGAUGCAUCGAUGGAAGAUGAUCAGGCCACGGGACGCAAGGUACCAAAGCACCGUCAGAUUGAGAGCGAUGUCCCAGGUGAAUGCAGUCAGGCCGUAGAGAAUGAGGAGCAAUGUCAGGCCAGAGACAGUGGCGUCAGGGACACUGAUCGGUACGCUGGAACCGGCACAAGUGAGGCGACUGCCUGUCAGCUCGGAAGCUUAUUAAACAUGGAAUUGUCAAAUCCCCAACAAGGAGCGGACCCAGAGUCUACAAUCUCUGUCCUCCUGGCAGAGGGGGCUGAAUAUCAACUAUACCAACUGACAAAAUUCUACAGUGACAGACUGACACAAGCAAUAGAAGAAAGUGUUGAAACACUCAGUUGGAUGCUGAGACAGGACGGGCAUCUCACUGCACAAGAACAUGGGAAGGUCACUGAACUGACAGAGAAGGGAAAACGGCCAGAGAGUUCCAGUUGCUUCCUCAGUUUGGUGAUGGGCAAAGGCUCCCGGGCCCGGAGGGAAAUGUGGAAAUCCUUUGUGAAAAUGAGGAUAAUGUUACCGAAGCUGGACAGAAUACUGAAGGAAAUAGAGGAGCUUGGCCCGGAUCCAGAAGAAUACAUGGACAUCGCCCAAGGGUUAUAUGAGUUACCCACUCAGCUGAUAGAUGUUCAACAGAAACACAAGGAGACUCUGCGGUCACAAACUGAAACACUGAGAGUAAACACGAUCCUGAUGAGGGAGAAAGUGAAGAUUUUCCAGCUGGUUGAUCGAUACACUGAGCUCACGGUCAUUUCUAAUGUUCGGUAUCAGAGAUUGGUGGAAACUGAACUGAUGGCAAGAGGCAGAGGCCACCAGGUGUGGAGAGAGAAACAACUCUGCAGAGAGCUGGAAAAAAUCCGGACUGAUCAGUUGUUCCAGAGCAGCUUUUCCCGGAGUAAAUCCAAAUCUGGGAGUUCAGCUGCAGUGGCCGGAGUCAUAGGGAUUGGGAAGUCAACAAUGGUACAAAAGAUUGUUUAUGACUGGGCAACGGGGAAAAUAUACCAACGGUUCCAGUUUGUCUUCAGUUUCAAAUUCCAGGAUUUAAACUCAAUUAACUGCAGAACAAACCUGAGAGAACUGAUUCUGGUUCAGUAUCCUUACUUUGGGAAUUUCCUGAGAGAGGUCUGGAAGAACCCAGAGGGAUUGCUGUUUAUAUUUGAUGGUCUGGAUGAAUUCAAUCAAAGAAUCGAUUUUUCUGACAAUUGGAGAGACACAGAACCCAAGCACCAGUGCCCAGAUCCCGAGUGGUGGUGUGAAGUGUCUGACAUAGUGUACAGUUUAAUCCAGGGCAAUCUGCUCCCAGGGUGUUCAGUGCUGGUGACCACCCGCCCCACCUCGUUACAUUUAUUGGAAAAGGCAAAUAUCAGUGUCUGGGCUGAAAUCCUGGGAUUUGUUGGUGAGGAAAGGAAGGAAUAUUUCUUCAGGCAUUUUGAAGAUCAGAUGAUGGCAGCAGCUGUUUUUAAACACGUGAGAGAUAACGAGAUCCUGUACACCAUGAGCUACAACCCCUCCUACUGCUGGAUCCUCGCUCUGACACUGGGCCCCUUCUUCACACAAAGAGUCAGGGACCCACAGCUAGUUCCCAAGACCAUCACCCAACUAUACUCCUGCUAUAUUUACAACAUCCUGAAAAACCACGGCUGUGAGACUGAGAACCCCCGUGACGUGUUACUCAGAGUUGGUCAGAUGGCCUUCACAGGAGUGUCCCAGAAGAAGUUUGUGUUUACAGAUGGAGAUUUGAUCAACCAUAAUCUGCAGCCUUCCCAUUUCUUGACAGAGCUCUUGAAAAUGGAGGAUUCUCCCCGCUGUAUGGUGUACACAUUUCCACACCUCACCAUCCAAGAGUUUGUAGCUGCGGUUGCACAAUUUCUGAAUCCACGUCCUGGGGAUAUUCUGAAAUUCCUCUCUGAAGUCAACAACACGACAGAUGGGCGAUUUGAAGUAUUUCUCCAUUUUGUGGCUGGUCUCUGCUCCCCAGUGACAGCUCGGGUCCUGGAGGAGAUUCUGGGUCCAUUUCCUCACGAGACAACAUUACGGGUGAUUGACUGGUUGAAGGAGAAUUUCACCCACCAGAUUGGAAGCAUAUCUAGUGAAACUGGUAAACGGUGCCUUCUGCAAAUUUUGCACUGCCUGUUUGAAUCUCAGAAUCAUUGGCUGGCUCAGGCCACAGUGGGAUCUGUGGAAAAAAUUUCAUUCAGUGGAUUUCAGCUGACCCCAAUUGACUGUGCAGUUGUGACUCAUGUCAUUGGACUCUGUGAUACAAUAAAACACCUCGACCUGUGGAACUGCGGCAUUCAGUAUGAAGGAUUCCACCACCUGAAACCUGAACUGCACAAGUGCCGGGUGUUGGGACUUGGGCACAAUGAACUGGGAGACUCAGGAGUGAAACUGGUGUCUGCGGCUCUAAAGAACCCAGCGUGCAAAAUGCAGAAAUUGUGGCUGGAGAGAGUCGGUCUCACGGAUUCUGGUGCCGAGGAUCUCGGCUCCGCUCUCAGUACAAACCAAACACUGACGGAGCUGGAUUUGAGUGGAAAUAAACUGGGAGAUUCAGGAGUGAAACUGGUGUCUGCAGCUCUGAGGAACCCAGAGUGUAAAAUACAGAAACUGGUGCUGAUUGACGUUGGUCUCACAGAUUCUGGUUCCAAGGAUCUCGCCUCCACACUCAGUGCAAACCGAUGGCUGAUGGGGUUGGACUUGAAUAAAAAUAAACUGAGAGACUCAGGAGUGAAACUGCUGUCUGCAGCUCUGAGGAACCUGGAGAGGAAAAUGCAGAAACUGGGGCUGAACUGUGUUGGUCUAACAGAUUCUGGUGCUGACGAUCUCUUCUCCGCUCUCAGUACAAACCAGUCACUGAUGGGGCUGGAUCUGGGACUGAACUCACUCACAGACCAAUCAAUCCCUGCUCUCCGUCGCCUUGUACUGACUCUUCCGAGUUUGGACUGGAUCUGGCUGGUAAGGAAUCAGUUCAGUGAGACCGGGAGGAAGAAAUUGAUAUCUCUGCAGGAAUCUAGACCUGGACUGAGGAUGAUCCUGUGAACAUCCCAAUUUGUGAACAACCCUCCCCAAGGGAUGGCAAUAUUUUUGCCGAUAUCCUGCCUUUCCCUUUGAUUGCCAUGCUCCGGAUUUGAUAUCCAACCUUUCCAAUGGACGACAGCUCCACCGACCUAUGACAUUAGAGUCUAAUCACAGUCAUGAAAAUCCAACGGCACUGCUUCCAUCGGAUGCUGGGGUCUGGAUUUUCUCCUGAAGGAGACCCUGCAAAAUUAGGCAGCCUGUAAGUGUCUGGAGGCAAAGCUCAGUAAGGGACAUCAGUGUCAGGAUUGAUUAUCUGGCAUGGAAAUCACUCUGCUGAGGAUGAUACAUUCAGCAGUGCCAUCAGUAUAGUGAUGUUAAACUGACAAAUACCUCGGCAGUGACCCUGGAUUAGUAGCGAUCAGGACACGGCCCUGAAGUGUGAUUUUAUAAACAUCGUUUCCCCGAUGCAGAGUGAUGGGGAGAAACGAGACAGAUUAUUCAACCGGUCACUCAUUGUCGCCGGUCAGUUAAUUGUGUAUGAAUAUGGUGAGUCGGGAGCAGCUUAUUUAUUCUCGCUCCUUAGAAGUUCACACUGCGUUUAAUUUGCCUUUGUCAUAAUAAUCAGUAUCAGGUUUAAGAUCAUCAGAAUAUGUCUUGAAAUUAGUUAACAUUAUGGUAGCCAUACAAUGCAAUAGAUGACAACAAAUAAUAUAUAUAUAUACAGUAUGUACGUAUAUGUAUAUUAAAUUAAUAAGUUCUGCAAAAACAAAAAUAAGAAAUGUAGUGAGGUAGAGUUCACAGGUUCAAUGUUCAUUCAAAGAUUGUAUGACAAUGGGGAAACAGCUGUUCCUGAAUCGCUAUAGUGUGUGUCUUCAGGCUUCUGUACCUCCUUUCCGACAGUAACAAUGAGAAGAGGUCAUGUCCUGUGUGGUGGGGGGGCUUUAAUGAUGGAUGCCACCUUCCUAAGGCUCCGCUCCUUGAAGACGUCCUGGAUACUGCGGAGGCUGGUAUCCAAGAUGGAGCUGCCUAAUUAAACAGCUCUCUGCAGUUUGCUUUGAUCAUGUGGAGUAUAAAUCCAUGACUCCAUAACACACCGUGAUGCAUCCAGAUAGAAUGCUCACCAUUGUACAUCUGUAGGAAUUUUCAUGUGUUUUAAGUGUCAUAGCAAAUGUCCUCAAACUCCUAAUGAAAUAUAGCCGCUGUCUUUCUUUCUUUAUAUCAGCAUCGAUAUGUUGCAACCAGAUCAGAUUUUCUUAGAAAUUAACACACAGGAACUUGAAAUUGCUCCCCCCUGCACUUCUGAUCCCUCAGUGAGGACUGGUGUAUCCCACACUUUCUGAAGUGCACUAUCACUUCUUUGGUCUUACUGACGUUCGGUGCAAUGUUGUUGUGACACCACUCAACGAGCCAGCAUAUAGUGCUCCUGCAUGCACUUUUGUCACCAUCUGAGCAUCUGCUAAUAACGGACAGAUCUUCUACAACUUUAUAGAUGGUAUUUGAGCUCAGCCUUGCCACACAAUUAAGAGUGUGGAUAGAACAGAGCAGUGGGCUAAGCAGACAACCUUGACGUGGGUCAGUGUUAAUGAGGUGGAUACGUUAGCUGCACAGUUUGUAGUUUACCAGCUAGAAAGUCAAGGAUUCAGUUUCAGAAAGAAAUGUGGAGACACAGGUUCUCCUGCUCUUCAAUCAGAACUGUGCUAAUAAUGGUGUUUUACGCAGAGCUGUAGUCAAUAAACAGCAUCCCGACUUUGGUAUUUGUAUUGUCCAUGUGAUGCAAGGCGGCGUGGAGAUCCUGUGUGAUCUUAGCUGCCGUAGGCAUUGUGGUGAAAGACUCCAGACGUCAGGUCUUGCAGCUCUCCCUCCCAUCACCCUUGAGUCAGUUAGGAUCCUCCUGGCUUUUGGAGGCACACCUGUAGCCAAUUCAGCUGCAGGUGUUUAUAAGGCGCCUUCGGACUGAGUCCAGGCGGGUGGUCCUUUGUUCCGUAUCCUGCUCUCUGCUGGAUUUGUAUCUGCUCCGCAUCCUGUUUACCCUGUCCCAGUUCAGACCUGCUCUGUAUUUGUUCUGUCCACGUUGGUCUUGUUCCCCUGCUUUUUCUGUCAUGCGCUGGUCACGCUGCUCCACCUGUUUUGCCUUGCAUGCGCUGUCGCGCUGUCUGCCUGCCUCUCCCGAGUUACCUGGGGAUCACGGCUGUUGUGCUGGUCACUGUGGACCUACUCCCCAUUUUACCCCAUUGCCUCCGUCGGGCAAGUCCAGCCGGACUGCUGCUGCCUGGCGGGGUGCUCUUCCUCCUCUCCCCGCCCCCCCCCCCCCCCAACCUGCCUAGGAAUCUGCGUCUUGCCCAGGCCUUCGUGUUUUCGCCUGGGAGGCGGCCCUACCCGGGACAUAUGCUUGCCUGAACUCUGGAAUCCUACUCUGCCUGCCUGAACUUUGGGAUCCUGCUCUGCCUGCCCGACUAUGAGUCUCUGUCUGCUGAAUCCCAGCAUUAUCCCUUUCAUGCCAUGGCAUCCACCUCCUGGCCUACCCCUAGUACUUCAGUGCCUGCGUUCUGCACUUAGGUCAAUUCCAGUCCCCGUUUCUGACAUUCAUGUAGAAAUAGCAGAGGAUCUGACAGAAAUAUUUCAAGUGUCAUUAGAAAUGGGGAUGGUGCCGGAGGAUUGGCGUAUUGAUCAUGUGGUUCCAUUGUUUAAAAAGUGUUCUAAGAGUAAACCUAGCAAUUAGAGGCCUGUCAGUUUGACGUCAGUGGUGGGUAAAUUAAUGGAAAGUAUUCUUAGAGAUGGCAUAUGUAAUUAUCUGGAUAGACAGGGUCUGAUUAGGAGCAGUCAGCAUGGAUUUGUGCGUAGAUUGUCAUGUUUGACAAAUCUUACUGAAUUUUUUUGAAGAGGUUCUGAGGAAAAUUGACGAGGGUAAAGCAGUGGAUGUUGUCCAUAUGGACUUCAGUAAGGCCUUUGACAAAGUUGCGCAUGGAGGGUUAUUUUGGAAGGUUCAUUCAUUAGCUAUUAAUAUUGAAGUAGUAAAAUGGAUUCAAUAGUGGCUGGGGAUGUCAGAGAAUAUUGGUGGAUAACUGUUUGUCAGGUUAGAGGCUGGUGACUAGUGGUGUGCCUCAGGGAUCUGUACUGCGUCCAAUGUUGUUAUUUCACAUACAUUAAUAAUCUGCAUGAUGGGGUGGUAAAUUGGAUUACUAAUUUUGCAGAUGAUACUAAGGUAGGUGGCGUUGUGGAUAAUGAAGAAGGUUUUCAAAGCUUGCAAAGAGAUUUAGGCCAGUUAGAAGAGUGAGCUGAGCGAUGGCAGAUGGAGUUUAAUGCUGACAAGUGUGAGGUGCUACAUUUUGGUAGGUGUGUUGCCCUAGGGCAUUUGUUUAGCUUUAUUACACUUUAGCUUUAGCAAUUCCUUUGUAAUUAUUUUGUAGUUAAAGUUAAGGUUGUUGAAAAUAAAUUAGUUGUUUGUGGUGUGUGGCGGCAUGCGAUGACAUCACACCCGUUUCGCCGCGUCUUGUGGGAAAAUACCGGUUUGGAGAAACGGGAAGAAGGGGGCUUGUGUGCGCGAGAAAAUUUUUCAUUCUACGCACUAAAAAACAUCAUAGAAGCAACGCCAUAAGUUCAUAAGAUAAUCGAUAUGUUGAAGUAGAAAUGUUAACGCUGAUUCUGUUAAAGAUAAUGACGGUUGAUAAAGUUUAUGUUUUUUUGUUAUUUAAAGAGUUUCUGGACAGUUGUAUGGUGUUUUUACAGCCAGUCGAUGGCGCAGGUAGAUUCUGACUGUAUGUCGUAUUUUAAUGUAAUAUAAUUUGUUGUAGUUUUACUUUUGCAAGUAUUUAUGUUGUAGAUGCAAUGCCAAAAAGGAAAUAAACACUGUACAUAUUUUGUAUUGUUUUAUCAACGGA